GAAUGUGUCAGCUGUGGCCAACAGUAUCAGGACAAACUGAGCGGUUUGGAUCAUAUUUUUGCAGUUCAUUUCAAACCAACGGCGAUUUCCACGAAGCGCUUCAAAUCACACGAAAAACCUCCUGUGUGGUCUCACAACCGGCUACCUCCAUUGGCAUUUGCAAACGGACUACAAUCCUACAAAAGUGCUGAUCAAUUGAACACCCGAUCGACCCGAAUGGACGAGCAUUAUCCAGUUGUCGACUUGCCACAGUUGGGUGCGAAUGAGCCCGAUAGUUGGCCGGAUUCGUCCGGCGCACGAGCAAGUUCAUCUGCCCUACUCUCAUACCUGUCUGUUCAAACACAAGCCAUGGAUUUAAUCGGUCAACUAUUGUGGAUGACUGCAAGAAAAAAGGCAAGUGAUCAGGACAACGAGGACAGCAACAACAAAAAUCGCUCGGAGAUCCGGCACAUAAUUUCCGUUUCGAAUGAAACCAAAUCUCCUCCCAUUGUUAGUCCAUUGGGUGAGAAUUUGGGGGACAAUGAGUGCAAAGUAAAUCAUUCAAACAGCUGGCUUUCACAGUCCGGCACCAUUUCACCCGUUUGGAAACAUACUCACAACACACUGAAUGUGCUCAGUCCACAUCGUCCGACACCACACCAUCCAAGUUCGACGUACGAUUGGAACAAACGAACCGAUAGGUGUAACCGGAAACCUCAGAUUGGAUCAAACAAUGAAAUUGCUGAAAUCGAACCAAAGGAAGAUCAGGCCCGUUCCAACCUGUCGCAACCAUUCGGGGCUGGUGUGAAUAAUCUCCUGUGUUUGUUCCGGAACUGUUCCCCUUUGCUGAGUUCACAUCCAGUACGAAGUUUAUUACCCGCGGAAUUGGCCUCCAAAGUGGAUAGUUUUAAAGCGGCCAAACUGUGCCAUCUUUGUCUUAAAGAAUUCCCGGAUGAGAUGUCCGUUCUGAGGCAUCAGGUCAAAUCCCAUAGCUUGGAAGAAGAACCACCCGCUACAUCCUAA